AUGACCUGCCCCCCUCCGUCCCUCACCCCUACCCCCCCCUCCGUUCCUCCCCCUGUCCCCCGAAGUCUCCCCCUCCCCCUAAUCCCCCUUCGGAGGCCCCCGUCCGUACGCCACCCCCACUACCCCCACUCCUUACCACCAUACUCUCCCCCCGCCACCAGCCCCGUCCUCCGAGCUACGCCUCCCCAUGCCCACCCAGCAUCCCUCACCCUCCCCACCCCUCCCUCUCAACCGCGCCCCCGCGACCCCGUGCCGCCGACCUUAAACACCCUAUACCUCCCCCCCCUUAGUCCCGCUUACGCUGCCCGACCCGGGGCCCCCACCUUUCUUCCCUUCCCUCCCAUUGCUCCGUACACCAGCCCGCCCCCUUACACACCCGUCUCGCUCCCCUACCGCGGCGUGCCGGAGUUCCCCCACCUGCCCAUCCCCCUUACGUCCCCUGGCCCCUCCCCAGCCUCCCAUCAGUCAACCACCGCACCCGAAACCCGCCCACCCACCUCCCCGUCGUCCUCGCCUUCCCCCCUAGGCUCCCGUGCCCCACUCGGCCCGCCGCCCACCCCCAAACCGAAUCUACCCAAGCCGGACACCCCCCCCCCUACUCCCUCCAGUCUCCCCCGCCUCCCUUUGCCCACCCACUUUCCAUCUCCCUUCCCCCCGGCCCCCCCCCCUUGGGCCCCCCCCUACCUCACGCCUCUGUCCUCCCCGUUUCCCCCUCCCCCCCAUCGCCCCCUCGGUCCUCUCCUGUCGGCUGACCUCUCUACCCUAAUCCCCAGCCCUGAAUCCGAUCCACCUGACCCCCUCCUCACCAUUCACCCCCGCACCCUUCCACCCCCCUGUCGACCCUUCCGUUCGUUCCAACCCUUGCCCCCCCCCCAACGCAUCAACUCCCCCCCAUAG